CUGCUGCGAUUAGUAGGAGGAGGAGGAAGUGGUGGUGGAGGCAGGAUCCGCCAGCCAUCAUCGGCCAAACUCUCGGCUAACAGAUGAUAAGAAAGUAAAAAAAGAAUAUUUAGGUCCACGUCACGACAGCCGCGUAGACAGUGACUAUUAGAGUCAGAGCUGCAAAGUGGGUCGGAAAAAAAAAAAUUUUUGGUCGCGCAGAGAAAGUAGUGCGGCGCCUAGCGGGGCUACGGAAUGUCGUUCGUGCUGGGCCUGCUCCUGGCGGUGAGCUUGAUGCUCGUCAGCCCGGCGCUGUCCAACCAGCCCUGGUAUGAGACGAUGCCGGCCGUCGUGAUGGAUUACAAGGUGCACAUCGACCCGGGCAAGGAAGACUGCUACUUCCAGUACGUCCAGCCUGGCGCUACCUUCUACGUCAGCUUUCAGGUAUUAAAAGGUGGCGAUGGAAAAGCUGGUUUUGCAGUGAGAAACCCCGCUGGUGAAUUGGUGCAUCCAUAUCAGUGGCAAACCAGCUCUGAUUACCAAGAUCAAUCCCAAAACGGUGGGUACUAUGGUAUUUGCGUUGACAACCAGUUUUCAAGAUUUUCCGGGAAACGCGUCAACUUGUACAUUACCGUUAUCAAGUAUGACCAGUGGGAACAGUAUGCAAAAGAAAUUAAUGACAUGGAACUAUCAGUUGUGAAUGUCACAAAUAUACUUGGUAGUGUGGAGAAGAAUAUCCACGAAGUACUUCAGAUUCAGCACUUUGGUAGAAGCAAAGAGGAUCGUGAUUACAAUUUACUGCUUGACAAUAACUCGUACGUACAAAGGUGGUCUCUUCUUCAGAUAGUGGUUAUUCUUGCGACAACGGUGCUGCAAGUUUUCUUUGUAAGAAGAUUGUUUGAGGUGAAGUCGUCCGGUUACGCGAAAAUGCGAAUUUAAACGUUACAUGUUUUUCGCAACUCUAAAGCGAAUUUUACAAAAAGAAAAAGUUUGUGAUAAACGUACACCACGGCGCCUUUUGUUAAACGCCGUGACUCCUAUAAGACUUUUUAUACUAUACUUGAGUGAGAUUGACUUUUAUAGCACCGUCUUAUCGGUGUGUAUUUCUUAAUAUUUUUAUACAGUUUUUUCUUAACGUUUGUAAACUCACUUUACGAAAUGCAUUUAUACACUCUGUACACUUUUUAUUUCUUUUCAAAUGAGAAAGUCUUACUCUAGUUGUCUUUUCUAAGUAAUUGAUGGAUGGUGAUCUAUAUCUAUAUGAGUGUGGUUUUUAUAAAGUUGCAUAUAAUGUUUACUGUUUGUACAAAAAAGUGACCAUAAUUAUAUUUAUAGAGAGGAAAAG